GUUCCGGGUUGGGGGAGGUCGAGGAGGGGGCGACAAAAUGGCGCAGGGGGCGGAGUGAGGCGCAGUCGCUCGCCCAGGCUUUGGCCCAGCUUCCGGAGGAAGGUGGGAGUCAAUCAUUUUGACAAGUCUUCUGAAAGGAACAGCCAGAAGGAGUUGAAACUCUCUUCCAUUUGGUCUCGUGGCAAAGGCAGAUAUCGCUCCAACAGCUCCAUAAAAUAUGACGUGCUCACUCGUGCCCUCUGAACAGUCUUCUGGAACCUCUUUUUUGCCUAAAGACAAUGCUCCAUUUUCUUGGGGUUCCUUGGAUGAGGAUGGAUUAGAUGACUCUUUGUUAGAGUUAUCUGAUGGAGAAGAAGAUGAUGGCCAUUUCAGUUUCACUGAGGAAGAGAUUGAAGUGCUCUUAAAGGAUGAUGGUGAUGAUGGGCAUGAUGAAAACAGAGGAAGAGGGAGUCAGAGUCUACGCCAUAAUUCCCAAGAAAAAAAUUCAUCGUAUAGCUUGGUACCAAUAGCUGAGACCUCUGGCUUCUUCAAACUACCUCAGCUAAGUACAUCACUUGGUCAUGGACCAAAUUCUACAAAACCAUUAGACAGAAACUCUGUGCUUGAAAAAAAUUUCGUAAAAGUAACUGUUGCACCAUUUAAUCCAACAGUUUGUGAUCCUGUACUUGAUAAAGAUAAGACUGAUUCAUCCAAGGAUACUGAAAAAUCCUCCUCCCUUGAGGAACAGAUGAGAGAAGAUGAUGAUCUUAGUCCAAAUGAGAGCAAACUUCGUACUGAAUCUGAAGGGAGCAACCUCAAUCCCACCGUGGAUGGGUCCUUGCUCUCUUCUUCAAACAAUAACCUGCAACAGACUAUAUCUGAGAAGAAUACACCUGGCAGCAAGAAAUCUACUCCUGAAUUGCCUCAGAUCUCAGACCAUUUAGAGACAGCUAAUACAGGAUCAUCCUGGAAAAAUGGAUCACAUAAAUCAAGUUCUGAAGUGAGAAAUUCAGUUUCCAGUUCUUCAAACAGACAGAAUAUUCAUGACAGGGAUUCUGGGGAGAUGAAAGCUCGUGAGAGAAGCGACAGAAGAGUACUAGGCAAAGUCAUUCCUGUUCUACAAACCAAAACUAGGUCUAGUGUUUCGACAUUUUCACAAUCAGAUCUAGAAAAGCAGAAGGAAAUUUAUCUCAGCAGAGUCAUUGCACAUAUAGAAGACCCAGGGGACUCCAAUCAAGGCACUGCAGAAGUUGCAGAAAGAACAGAAGGUACUUCCGGGGAGCUGGAUACUUUGAUGGAUCAAGUUCAUAUGCAGAACCCAGACUGGCAGCAUCCUUCAGAUCUUACUACUCGAAAUUAUGCCCGGUUCCGACAGAAACCUCUGCAAAGAUACAGUCUGACUCAGUGGGUUGACAGGAACAAGCGAAGCCACCAUCGGUUCAAGCGUCUACCAGACUUCUAUAGUCCAUAUGUUUCAUCCCAUCAGCAAUGAAGGUCCUAGCCAGGGCCCUGUUCAGAGCAGCAUCUCUUUUCUGCUGUUUUGUGCUUUACAUAUUUUGAAGUUUAUUUUUCACAAAAUUUUUAUUUAACGAACUUGUCACCUUUUGGAAAUGCCCAUUGCUGACUUGAAUUUUUUUGUAUGAGGACCUUCCUGAUUUUGUGUGUUUGUGUGUGUUUAAGCAGUGUUAAAUUGAUGGGUUUGUUUUGUUUUUGUUUUAAUUUAAAUUGACUGCCUCUUGAAGGCAAGCAUUAAGCCAAAACCCAGGUUCAACAGAACAUCCACCUCUGUGUAGAGGUAAAGCCUACUUCUGGUGCCCAAAAGAAGUCAUGUUUUAAUCUACUGUAAGGAAGAGAUUCUUUACCAGGCUAUGAGCCAAUGUUAAUUAUUGCUGAUGUCUUGUGAAUGGAUAUAAGUCACUUUGUGUGAGAGUGGGUGUGUUUGCGUGCUUGCACAUGUGCUGGUACUGGAGCUUGAAUUGAGGGCCUUAUGCUCUUGAUAGGCUUUCUUGCUGGCACUCUAUCUCUUGAGGCUAUGCCUUCAGUUCAGCAUUUUGCUGGUUAAUUGGAGGUGGAGUCUCAUAGACUUUUCUGCCCAGGCUGGUAGAUAUGUCACUUUUAAUGACCCUUUUUACUUCUUAAAUUUGAAUCUUGGAACACUUGUCAGUAUUUUAAAGUUGGUAAUCAGGACAUUUGAAGUAGGGUGGAGUAGGAAAAAAAAUCCUAGUGAAAGGAAGAAUUAAAAACAUAAAUCUCCUUUCUGUACCUAUUAGCUGCCAUUAUUAUUAUUAUUGGCUAUUUUCAGUUUCUGCUAAAUUUAUUUUGCACAUAUUGUUUACAAAUCUUAUACAUUGUUAGUUGACAGAAGACUGCUGACUAGCCUUUCUUGAAUACCUUGUGGUUUUCUGAUUGUCUUCUUUGCCCUUUUUUAAGAUACUCCUUUCCCUCCUCCCCACCCCUAACAACUCACUUUGUUCCCUAGGGUUCGACAGAUACUAUUUCUGUAUCAUGUUAGACUUGAAUAUGCCAUAUGCCUUUUCAGAUUGGCGUUCUUGUUUUCUUUAUUAAAGGUUGUCCAC